AUGCAUAAGAAAUCUUAUCGCACUCAUAAGUACACAAAUAAAUCUCUGUUCAUCGAGGGUCGCGGAAUCUUCCACCAAGAGGCCCAGUACUUCAACAAGCUGCUGCCACUGCUCCGCGAGUCGUUCGUCGGCGAGGACUGGUGUCCCAAGAGCUUCCUGGCCAGCGACAAAGCUGCUCUGAGAGCCCAGGCGCGGCUCCACGCGGUUUCCCUGCUGGCCCAGGCGAAGCUGGGAAAGUCCCCGGCGGAGCUCUACCCCGAGGCUUGCGUCGAGCAGAUCUACAACGACUUCAUGCAGCAGAGCAAGCUGAUUCUGCUCUUCGUCGAUUUGGCCGUGCGGGAUCCACCGCAUGAACGCGACUACCAGAGCAAGCUCAGCCCCGUCGUCUCCCACGGCGACUGCUGGCCCAACAAUUACCUCUUCGACAAGAGCCAGCCGCCUCGAGCCAGCAUCGUCGACUUCCAGAUGGCUCGCUACGCGCCCCGCAUGUACGACAUCACUCACCUGAUUUACCUCAGCACGACUUCGAGCAUCAGGAAGCGGGAACUGAGUAAAGCCAUCGAAGCCUACCAUGAGGAGCUGUGCGACGCUCUCGAGAAGAACCACCCUCAGCUCGAACGGCCCAGCCUGGAGGAGCUGCUGGAGGUGUACGAGGACAUGAAACUGAGCGCGCUGUUCACUGGCAUCAUGUUCUACCCGAUAAUCUUCUUGAGCAAGAAAGAAAUGAUGAAGUACAAGGACGAACCAAUUUUAUUUCUUGCAAUCUCCAAUGUAGAGCAUUUAAAUUAA